AUGGCAGACGCAGGUGUUGCAGCUCCCGCCGACAAGAAGGCUCCUCCCAAGUUCAAGCAGAGGACCGCUCGUACCUUUAAGAGCAAGGCCCCCAAACCAGGCCAGAAGGGAUUUGGAGACGACAUCCCCGGCAUGGAGGGUCUGGGCACAGACAUCACAGUCGUUUGCCCAUGGGAGGCCUUUGGUGACAUGGAGCUCAGCGACCUGGCGAAAUAUGGAAUUGUCUAGAAACCCCAGCAUGUCUUUAACACAACCAAAAUACCUCCCUGGACUGAUUUUCCUUCGCCCAUUUCUCCUCUCUUGCCCUGUUCUCCUUCAUCCCCAAAAGUACCCUACCCAUUGUCUGUUGUUGUGUAGGCCUACAUGAGCUGUGGGAAACAUUGCACAAGUAACGAUACUUAAAGAUGAA